AUGAGUAUUUUACCUGAUCAAUCGACAGGUGAAAACUCCAAUCUCUCAAGCAUUUCUGCAUCUCGUCAGUCGGAGUCCGGGUCUUCAACAGCAGGAGGUUUUGACACCAAUACACUGGACAGCAGCAAUUUGUGUGCCGUGUGUGGUAAAGUUGCCGAUGAGAACAGAAGGGUGAUCACUGCCGAGUACUGGAGGGAAAUAAGGCAGUUGUUUCCAGGGAAAGAAAACACAGAAAUCUCAAGCAGACAGAGUUUGAUAUGUACAGAGUGCCAUGUGGCCUGUUGUAGAAAGCGUGAAAAGGACAGACAUUCCCCCAUGGUGGUAGAUGGUGAAGAUGGAGACAAAGUGAAGCAUCUAAGAAUGCUGGCGUUUGUGAAUCCUGGUAAAUUCAUGGAGGAUUUUGAUCCAGAAAAAAGUGCUAGAGAAAUGAGGAAGAUGAACCGAAGGAUAUACAGAGAUAACUUUAAGAAGAACCAGUUGUAUGAUGACACGGGUCGUUACAUAGAUGACAGCAGUGACCUGUGUGACUGUCUUGACGUAGAGUGUCCAGGCUGUCACUUCCCAUGUGCCAAGUGUGGCUCGGAGAAAUGUGGGGCAGACUGCAGAUGUAACAGAAAGUGGGUGUAUGAACAGGUGGAGAUCGAAGGGGCCGGACUUGCAUUCCGAUUCCAGCAAGGAUUUCCUACUUGAUGACUACUGCAAUGUUUUAUGAACUGUCACAUCUGACAGAACUGCAGUUGGUUUUUAGCUUCAAGAUGAACAGAAGGAAAGAGGUCAUCAAAACAGGAAUUGAGUUUUAGUUUAAGAUGAGCAGAAGGAAAGGUUGUUAAUAUAUAUUCAGAUUCCAGUGAGAAUAGUUUUUAUUUCCUUCUUGGUUUACCUCUGCCAUGGAUAACAUGGUGAAACAACCAAUGCAACCAAGAUUCAGAGUAAUAAUAAAAGAGUGAGAUAGGUAAGAUAAUGGAGAAGAGAAGUGACAGUCAUAUUUUUGUAGGGACAGCAAGGAUCUUCAUUUUAAUGAAUUCUCUCAGUUCUGUUUGCAUUCAAUUUGGUUUCAGUAUGAGAUUACCAGAUCAGAAUAGAAUGGAAAUUAAGGACUUAAUGGAAAUUAAGGAUUCAGUUACUUGUUCUCUUGGUUCUAACAUUGCUUGCACAUUAUGUAUGUGUAUUUCCAAAUUAAAAUUGGUUGUUGUUAUUCUUAUUCACCAGAAUGUUGCCAAAUAUGAAAAAAAAAAGAAUCAAAUCAAAAUGUUGUUCUUGUUAAGAAUGAUUGUUAAGUUUGUAUCUAGGGAGGACUUGGUUGCCAAAACAGUCACAAAUGAAGUAUUAUUUUUCUAAUCAGCAAGGAAAUAAAUCUGCCAACAGGUGAUUAUUUAAUAAUUAGAAUAGUGAUUGUUUAUAACCCGUGCUAUCAUUAAGUAUGAAGAAGCCAUGACCUAUUGAAAUUGAUAUUGAACUGUUGAUAAAUAUCUGAAUUGGACAAAUCUGGUGAUAUGUUUUCUCAUUCAAACAAGGAAUACUUUAAGAAAGGCUAUCAGUAAGAAGAACAAUUGAUUAUCUGUUUUUUUUUCUGUAGAAAGAAAUGAGUGAUGACUGUAAUCUUGCCAUUCAUCUCACUUAUCAUGUUUUGAUGGCAUUUCUCCAGGUUCUUGGAAGUAAGUUGUUUUUUUCACCUGGAUUGCUCUUGGGUUGUACAGACUUCUACUUUGUUAGAGUUUUUACCUUAAAAUUUGGAGUUUCCUGGAUGGUGUCACAGAACAUUGGGGAUUAUUUUUAAAAUAAACUGGGU